CAAAUUGGACGAACGGCGGGCGACGGACGAUAACAUUUUAUUACGAAUUAAGUUAUUUCAUAUGUUAUUGAUUGAGUUAUUAGAAGAGAAAAUAAUUGAGAGAAGAUCAACACGCGUUACAAACCACAUAAAUGGAAUCAACUCGGAGAAACAAGUCCCACUUGAGAGACCUACUAAUGUUAAUCAGUAAAAUGUCGCUGCAAGACUGUUGUGUGCACGUGCCAUCAGAGUUUGGUCUUCAUUGGAACGAGGUAUCUCGUGCAGUACGGAAUUCCAGACUGCCCAUGACUCCAACCAGUGUUGCCAGUGUGCUGUACAAAUAUGCUGCGAAGACAUUCAGUGAAGACGAGAUUGCACACAUUGCAUCAAGGUUGAGACUCAAAUCAAUAGCAAUCAGACCCAGAACAUGGCAUGUGAUCAACUUAACGGACCAGAUAACGGAUGAACCUGUCAACAUGCUGAUGCAAUCUCUUCCCUCAAGAGUUAAGCAGGCCUUGAAGAGCAGUGCCAAUGGAAAUAAGAAGCCUCAGGUGCAAACUAUGAAACUAGGCGAUUUCAUCUUCAUAAGUGUUCAAAUGGUAACCGAGUUGAAAGAGGGGAGUGUGGUAUAUGUUGUGAGUGCGCCCGGCAUGCCGGUGGCACUGGUCAGCACGCUGCAUUCCAACUUGUUGACAGCUUGUGUACAAGGUCUAUGCUAUAGAAACUACACAGACGCCUGCCUUAGCGGCAAAGACAUAAGAUCUUUGCUGCACAUCGCCUGUAGUGACACCAACGCUGCCGGCGUCACUGAAAUGCCGGAGUACAGCGGGACCCCUUGCCUGAUCCGUGGCGGCAUCGACUUCACCAACGCGGCGCCGCUCAAGCAAUACGUCUCCCAGAAAAUUGGCCCCGACCCACCAAUUUUGGAAUUUUUGAAAGUCACCGCCGAAAUGGACUUUUAUGACCGCGAGAUAUUGGAUAAAAAAAUAAAAGUGACAUUGCAGAUUAAGGGUGCCAACUCACUAGACACCCUAGCCAGAUGGGGCGCGAUUGGGGCCAUCUCACCAGCAUCGCAGCUCUUCGACGUGUAUUCCAAUAAAUCUAACCAAAUAAAAUUCACCAGUGAGGACGUUGAUGAAUAGUGGAAUUUGAUUAUUCUCGUGAGUUUGAGAUGGGCCGAUUUGUUCGAACAAUCGAUUGAAUUAUUCGAACAAUCGAUUAAAUUAUUCGAUUGUUUUAUGCAUGUUUUACUUAUGCAAUAAGACCUACCUACCUCACAAAUUUCAUGAUUCUAGGUCAACGGGAAGUACCCUAUAGGUUUUCUUGACAGACACGACAGACAAACAGACAACAAAGUGCGAUCCCAUAAGGGUUCCGUUUCUCCUUUUGAGAUAAGGAACCCUAAAAAUUAGCACUUAUUUUUCAUUAAAACUUUUUGACGAUCGACAGAAUGUCCUGUACUUUAAUGAUCGAUGAUUUUAAGAUGUUUUUAAGUUAAUUAAAUUAAGAGGGCUCUCUCCGUCACUCGUUUCAUAUAAACGUAGUUCGUCUCUCAUUGGAAUACUCAAUGGUAUUUUAUAGAAACAUUCCGGGAACUAAUAUCUAAGCCUGUGGUUUUCAACAUUUCCGGUAAAAUAUUCGGUUUCAAAGUUACGCGGUCUUAAAAAUUCACAUACAAAUCUUUGAGCCCCUGUAAUUUUAAGACAACAUAUUUUUAGAAAAAUCUUAAACACCACAGGCACAGAUAUUAGUUCCUAGAAUAUGUCUGCGAAAUUUCAUGGACUUUGGUUGCUUAAUAUUCAAAUGAAAUUGGAACUACGAUUGUAUGAAGUAAGUGUCGGAGAGAGCCAUGGAUAAAAUAAGUUUGUAAAAUAAAUUAAUAUUAAUUAUUAUGAUGAUU